AUUGCGUCGCCUGACUUUGACGUGACCUCUGACCACAAGUAUGCAGCCAGUAUCGUCGUCUAAGCAAAUGCUAACAUCACUUUGUCUCAACAACUUCUUAGGGAACAGACGUGUUUUUUUUUUUCGCGAAAGGGACGUAGGUUCAUUGGUACUUAUGGCCUUGCCGCACAGAAAAUAGGGAAGAAGGAAAUAUUAUUUGUCACUAUUGAAAAGUAAUCGGAGAAUCUCAAGUGUUUGAUUCGCAUAAAGAGCAAGAAACGCAAGAAACGAUUCUAGCGCUAAAAAGCAAAUCAAAAAUGGUGAAUUCGCAGCCGAAUCGGUCGAUCUCGACCCCUCCGCCGGACCUCCGGCGCCAGCACCGCAGCACCGCGGGUAGUGGCUUCGGUGUUGAUAACAGGCUUCCACCAAUCAACCAGGAUAAUUCUUCAACGAACAAAACCAGUACAGGAAAUGCUGCCCAACAUGCGCGCGACACGACCGGUGCAGAGGCGUUCAAGAAAAUCCAGCGGGCGAUGCAGAAACACGCAAUUAUUGGGCAGGAAACGGUGAAACACCUCCGAAGACACUCCCAGGGGCGGAAGGCCAGCGAGUCGAGUUUGAACCGGGAACAGAGGUUGGCGGAGAAGUACAAUUUGCCAAAAAUCGAGGCUGAGGCCCGCAUCGACACCAACAGGUUUGGCAUGAAGAAAAAGCCAACACCAGGACUGAAGCCCGGGGACUUGGAGCAGGAACUCGUUCGGCGGGUAAUCAUAUGGAUAGCAAAAAUGUCUGGGUCUGGAAGACUGCACCUUGUCAUGCAGAUUUUACAUGACCCGUGACGUCUGUGAUGUGUUCCCUAGCAUCACAGAUUUUCUGAGUGCUUCUUGAUGCCUAUUCCGCAUGACAAAUGCCCCAGCAAAGCUGGCAUCACAAGUUCCAACUUUCCAGACCCAGACAUUUUUGCAUUCGAUAAAUCAAGGGCGAUCACGAUUGGGUCUACAACGCAUUGUAUCCUGUGCAAAAGCAUCGUAGUCGUAUUGCAAUCAUGCGUUACAAAUCUUUUUUUUAAGGUACAUCCGCAUUACAAAUUUUCUAUUUAUUUCUCAUGCUGAGGAAAUAGAAAUUUGUAAUGCAUUUAUACGAGUACGAUACUUUUGCAGUUCAUACCUUGCAGAAGGCAGGGAGAGAUUUGCUGUUCUCCGAAUGGGGCGGAGGAGUAACGAAGACCUGCAUUCUGUACGCCGCGAAUCGAGCAGGUAAGAGCAAUAAGUAGAGUCAUUGAUAAUUAUGAUUUUUACCAUUGGAGGGAUGAAGUUUUGUUUGCUCAUUGAUACGUGUUUGAUGUCAGAAUGAUGCGUGGGCAACCCUACCUCCACCCAGUGUUGCGAACACCAACACGUGAAAAACAAAUAAGUAAAUUAUAUCACAUCAGAUCUCGACAUGUGCAAGUUACUGUUGCGGUACGGGGGAAAGGAGCUUCUGGCAGUAAAGGAUUUGAAGAACCGCGAUGUGGCACACUACGCACGAAAACACGGCUUUGACAUCGGCAGUCUCAAGGGCAUGGGCCAAGGACUCGUGGACUGCUGGAACUACCGAAUUCUCAUGCGCAAAGGGCCAUAUCAAAUAGAAAUGCAAAUAUAAUUUGUCGUCCUGGGUGGUCGGUCUGCGAGAAUGCAAGGUUAUUUCUGAUGCAGUUUGUUCUGCAAGAGCAAGACAGACAACACUUAGGCUACUUAGCAGCUCCUCAAAAAUUUGCCAUGCUCAGCUGUCAAUGGAGGUGUGUGUCCGCGUGAAGAUUCAGAUUGAUUCGCCACACGACAGCAUUACAAGUUUAUUCCAGACCCAGACAAGUAUUUGCAUUUGAUAGGCCACCAGGAAAGACCAUGGGCGACCAAGACGGCGGGCCACAUGAUGGAGACAGCAGCACUAGUUACGAUCCACUGGCAGGGGGAGCGUCGAUAAUGGUACAACUGCAGCUAUCAUUUUUGAGCAGGGUUCAUCUUGUGUUGAGCUGCUUGUUGAUCGUGUUGAUUCGAUCUGUAGCAAAUUGUGUAGUGGAAUAGAAGCACGCAUAAGAUGAACUUAAUUAAUAUUGUGAUGUUUCCAUCGCAUGAAAAUUUUUACAAACAGAGCACCACCAGCACUGCAACGCUGGCAACAAAUCACGGUGGAAACCCUCAUCGAGGUGGUGGGGAUGACGACGAGGAGAACUCGGUCUUGGAGCAGUACGGGCGGAGGAGGAAGCCCAGAAGGGCGAACCCAAACUACGACCACCAGCUCUCCGGAUGUACUUUUUUUUGGCCCAAACAAAUAAGAUGACGACAGUCAUUGACUCCGUAGCAAUUCAAAAUGUGGUACUAUCGUGGCCGAAGUAAAAAUAGCAGUAACUAAAAAAAGGCGGCUACGGCUUUGCUUUUGCAUUUAUAGUGAUGUUAUGCAUCGUAAAAUAGAUGAGAACAGAAAAGAAUUACUAUCACACAUCAACAGACAUCAAGCUGCCAGCGCUCGCACAGGCGACGGCGACGCGGUCUCCCGGUAAGAAUAAGAAGUAGACGUCGCUGCAGGGCGAGCGGGUAGAAGUACCGAGUGGACGUCUACCACUAUGUCUCUCGUUCAAAUUUUCACACACAAGCAAGACGAUCUUUCUUUCUAUGAUACGAAUACGAAUACAAUUUGUCACGAACGACCAGUGUCGCUUUUAGUAACUACAUUUGCACAGAGAUCAGGUCUCCUUUUACAUUUUUCAAUAUUGUCAACAAAAUUUCCUAGAAAGUUCUGAAUAGAUGAAAUAGAAUCAACGUAAACAUCAAAACUGCGAUCAGGAUCAGACGUAUCUAUGACAAAUAUCAAAACUAAACUUUUGCAAAAUCUAACCUUGUACAAAUACAAUCCAUUUUUCUUUAUCUUACUUACGCAAAUUUCGUUUCUAUCUUGUAUACCACCUGAUGGCAUCAUCAAAUGGGAGUGGAAUGGGAGGAUCGCUUAUGAAAAAUCCUUAACCUUGUAUACCUUUUUGUCGCCGAUGCGAUUUCAAUUUCAUCUCUUUCUGUUUCAAUGCAAUACGCACUGUGUACACUAGAAUAAAGCCGUUGUUUUUAUUCCGUUUCGUCGGGUUUCAAAAAUUAUCAUGUACAAAAAUUGUUGGAAAACUACAAAAGCUAAGUAGUACUAAUUUCGUCCUCCAAAAUAAAAAAAUGUGCAAGCUCUCGAC